AUGACCCCCUCAAACAGCGAGGCAGCCCUUGCCGUCCCUGAAUCUUUGAGCACCCGUCCUCGCUACUGCCAGCAGUGCUCCGAGUUCGAGGGCGCCAGCCCCAACCGGCGCGGCCCCAGCAGCCCGUCAGACUGGCUGAGCCCGACUGAGAUCUACAAGGCUGCCAACCUCACCGUUUUUGCUAGCGUCCAUCAACACCCCGAUUGGCCAGUGCAACUGGAUUUUCACUUCGCCCGUGGCAGCCAGGGUGCCAGCCACUGGCAUGGCCUUCUGCAGGGACCCACCCUUUUCCUGGACACCCCUAGACUGGCACUGGAUUUCAACAGCCGGGAAAGCUUGACCGCCACGCUGGAAUACGUCGAAGAGAAAAUGGGCGCAGAGCAGGUGUUGGUGAACUUCCACAAGGCGCGGCGAGACCGAGGCAACUUGCUACGAGCUUUCGGCUUCCUGGGUUUCGAACUCGUGACCCCCGACUACCCUGGCCUGCCACCCUGGGACGACACCAUCUUCAUGGCUUACCCCCUGGAACGCGAUCUCGGCUGGAAUCCCUCACCAAAGAUGGAAUGACCCUCGUGGG